AUGCUUCUGCAGCACGGUUCCAAUAGUUGUGGCUUCGCCUUCUUCAGCCUGUUCUUGGGUCUGCUUCUCCCGAGUAUCACAGGAAGAGAACUGAAGUAUGUUGUAUUGGUUUACCGACAUGGCGACAGAAGCCCCCUUUCAUCAUUUCCCACUAAUGUUGUCAAAGAAGAUGCUUGGCCACAAGGAUUCGAACAACUCACGAAGCUUGGAAUGCAGCAGCAAUACGAAUUGGGCCAAUUCAUAAAGAAGAGAUAUAAGGGCUUCUUAAGUGAUAACUACAAGCGAAAUGAAAUUUAUGUCCGAAGUACAGAUACUGAUCGAACCAUUAUGAGCGCUCAAGCCAAUCUGGCCGGUCUUUUUCCUCCCCAAGGUUCCCAAAUCUGGAACAAAGAGAUCCUUUGGCAACCAAUUCCAGUUCAUACUGUGCCUCGUUCAGAUGAAAAGUUGCUGUAUUAUCCUGUUCGCGCUAAAUGUCAAAAAUAUAGCCAACUUUUAAAGGAAACUUUUGAAUCCCAAACAGUCGGAGGAGGAGUGAAAAAGCACAUGGAAUUUCUAGGUAAAAUGGCAGCUCACAUGGGAUACGACUUGAAGACGGCCCUGGAUUAUAAAGAGCUCAAACUCUGGAAGGCAUACGACGCUUUAGUUGUUCAGAAAAUUCAUGACAAGCCUCGACCAGACUGGGCUGACGACAAUGCCAUGGACAGAUUGGGAAAGCUUUUGGCCUUUUCUUUAAAUGCAAUGUUUGGGGUACACAAAAGAGUAGAAAAAUCACGACUACAAGGAGGUCUCCUUGUGAAAGAUAUUUUGAAUAAGAUGACAGAAGCUACUCAGGCCACUGAUGGAAGAAAAAUGUUAAUGUAUUCAGCUCAUGAUGUCACACUAGCAGCUCUCCAGGUAGCAUUGGAUGUUUUCAAAGAUCACCUACCUCCCUUCGCCGCUUGCCAUUUUUUUGAGCUACAUAAAGAAGACAGUGGUCAGUUCACCAUUGAGAUGUAUUAUCGGACCAGUACUGAUUCUCCACCUAAACAGCUCAUUCUGCCGGGCUGCGAAGCAGCUUGUCCCUUGCAGAAGUUUAAAGAACUGGUUUCUCCUGUCAUACCAGGGGACUGGCAAGCAGAAUGUAACAGUUAA